AGCCCUGCCUUCCUUGUCUUGUUCUGUAGCGCCCUCUUACGCCUGACAACUUCUUUCGCCGGGGAAUCCCAAAUCCUGGGUGGGAAGGCCAAGCGAGUGCCUAUCGAAUGAAUACAAUCGAUAGCAGGUGCAGGUGACGCAACCUGCGGGUCGUGACGCACAUGAUUGUCCUGCGCCGAAUAUCUGUACCCCUGGGAGCCCGGGUCCCGGGUUCCAGGACUUGCAGCCUCCGCCUGGUGGAGUUUGCCGGUCAGUGGCCGAGAUCUGAGAAACGACAGUUCGAAUCGAAUAUGCGGGUCAUCGAGAACUUUGUUUCGGCGGAGGAGGAGCAGGUCCUCAUGCGGGAAAUCGAACCUCACAUCAGCCGCUUGCCCUACGAGUCCAGUCACUGGGAUGAGGCGAUUCAUGGAUACCGCGAAGUGGAACGCAGGAAGUGGUCUGUCGAAAACCAGGCUGUGCUGGAUCGCAUCUCCACAGAGGCCUUCGGAGGUCGAGUUAUGCCUUUUGUCCACAUCCUAGACCUGGCUGAGCUUGGCAUGAUCAAGCCGCACGUGGACAGCCCUCGGUUUUGUGGCAACACCAUCGCGGGCAUCAGCCUGCUCAGCCAUUGCGUUAUGCGACUCAGGCGAGUAACCAAGGAACCCGAUCCUGCUAGCCAAUCCGCAGAUGUGCUGCUGCUGCGACGCUCCCUAUACAUCAUGAGCGCCCUGGCGCGCUACGAGUUCACGCACGAAAUCCUGGCCAGAGAGGAAUCCUGGUUCAGGGAACGUCUGGUCGAAAGGCAGCGGCGCGUUUCCGUCAUUUGUCGCAACGAACCGUAAACAUUAUCCAAUUUGAAUGUGGCACCUCGCCUUAAAUUCCUUCCAUGAUGUCCAAUUCUGGGGACAAGGGACUAGACACACGAUCGUAUAGGUAUUUACAAUGAAAGUUUAUUCCGAGUUGGUGAUCAGUUAAAUGUAAUACAGACGGCGGACUGACACGGAUCACACACUGUGUGAUUCACCCAAGUACGGUCCACCUAUUAAAAUGUACAUAAUGCAAAGCUUA